AUGGCUUGGGAACGUUUGAAGGAUUCUUCCAGUGGAAGAAGCUACUAUUAUAACAACGAGACGGAGCUAACGCAGUGGGAGUUCCCCGAUGACAUACUUCUGCAAACUUUGCAAAAACAUGGGUGGGAUAGAGCAGAAUCAGAUGGUAAUGUCUAUUUCUACACUGUGGAUGGCAGUACUAGUUCUUGGAAUUUACCAGAACAGGUGUUGAUUGAGCUUAAAAGUAUUUUUGGUGAUGAUCUAUCGGAAGCUGAAAUUAAAGGUGAAAGUAGCGUAAAUGGGGAGGAAGAAAUCGCAGAAAGUGAAAGUGAAACUCAAAAUCAACAAGAACAAGAGCAUGAACCUCAACAGCAGUCGCCCGCUAGUGUAAACCCCGAGAAAGAUCAUGAUAGCAAUUCUGAAAAGAAGGUGGUUCCAAAGACCAAUGAAUUGCUUGGAAUCGAAUACAGUGGGAUAGAAGAAGGAGGAAGUACAGCUGUGGAUGUUUCAAUGGCAUCAGAUUCACCUCCAAAAGAUCAAGUAGAGAAUGAUUUUAUUGGUCUGUUAGAAAGUCUGGAUAUCCCAACAAACUCAACAUUUAAUCAGUGCAUACCCACCCUUGUAAACCAUGCAAACUACUGGGAAGUUACCGAUCCACUUUUAAGAAAAGAGUUGUUCACUCAGUUUAUUACUCAGAAAAGAGCAUUAGAACUACAGAACUCAAAAGACAAGAUUCGUCCGUUGUUUAUGGAAGUAAUGGCAAAAAAUAAUGUGAAGUAUUACACUAGGUGGGAGACCUUUGAGAAACUCAUAAUGGAUGAUGACUUAUGUAAUACUAUAUCAGAUGACGUGAAACGAGAAUUUUUUGAUGAAUAUGUCUCUAAACUAAGAUCUGAGAAAGAAUAUCAGAUUGCUAAAACCAAACAGAAUGAACUGGUUGAGCUUGAGAAAGAACUGAGAGCAACUGUUGAGCUAAACACAGAAUUCACAAAAACUGCUGUGCAAUUACAAAGUAAAUACAAGAAUGUCACCAAAUCAGAAAUUUUAGAUGUUUUUGAGAAAGUCAUGUCGGACAAAGAGAAAGAGCAAGAGCUGAUGCUAAGCAUAGAGAAGAAAAAGAAUUACAGAACAGAUCGCAAGGCAAGACAAGGUUUUAUCCGACUUUUAGAGAAACUGCUGGAGUCUGGUGAAUUUAAGCCAAGCAGUCAAUUAAGAUGGUAUCAAUUUGUUUCUGUGUUUAAAGAUAAGCCAGAAUUCCUUGAACUAUGCGGACACCGUGGAUCUACAGCUAUUGAUUAUUACUGGGAUAUUGUGGAGAAGGAAAAUCUGAAAUUGCAAGAUAAGGUUGAACUAUUCAAACAACAGCUAGUUAAUGCAAACAAAAAACUCGGAGAUGUCGAUGAAAAAAUGUUUAUUGACAUAAUGUUACGAGCGUCUAAGGCUGAGGUUUGUAACACGCCUCAGGAAGAUAUGUUGAGCAUUUACAGAUUAAUAAAAAGCCCUGAAGCACAAACAACGCAAAAGCGGGGCACGCAUCAAACAGAUUUCCCAGAGGGGCGAUUAGGUGUAAGCAAAGAUGGUCCUCAGAAAAGGCAAAAGAUAACCCUUCGUAGAAGCUAA